GGACACAUUUAGGACGAUGUCAGACAAAACCACCAAAUUUGCUAAUCUCAGACAGGGCCAUCCUGCCAAGGAAUGCAUCCAGGGGGCUAGUGAAAUACUGGGAAUAGCCUCGCAGAAUAUACUGACCAACCCUGACAUAGAAUACAGCCUGUUUCAGUAUGGUUUCAGUCGUGGCCCACCAGAGUUUACAGAAGAAUUGGCCAAAUUUUUAACAUCGGAGUACGGAGACAAAGUUUCAAGUGAAGAUUUGCUUGUGACUUGUGGUGCGUCUCAAGGGCUCCACCUACUGGCCACAUCUCUCUUCACUAAGGAUAACCCUGUGUUCGUGGAGGAGCUGUCUUAUUAUCAUGGCACACAGCUUUUCAAGCAGUUGAAUAUGAAAGUUAUACCAGUGCCUUUAGACAAAGAUGGUCUUGUGGUGACAGAGUUGGAUCGACUUCUCACAAAGGAGCGUUUACAGGCUAGCCAUGUUGUCACGGAUGACUCCAGACCCUAUUGGUCAUUGGCCUACCUUAUUCCCACGUUCCAUAACCCAACAGGCAUUUGUUAUAGUGCUGACAGAUGUAAAGAGUUGAUAGCCGUGGCACGCAAACACAAAAUCCUACUGGUGUGUGAUGAUGUGUAUAACCUUCUGCAUUAUACUGAUUCCCAGGCCCCUCCUCAGAGGCUGUUGGCCUAUGACCAUGUCUCAGACACAGACUUUUGCGGCAGUGUUGUAUCAAAUUGCACCUUUACCAAAAUCUUUGGCCCUGGUUUGCGACUUGGAUGGAUAGAGACUUCACCGCCAGUCAUGAAGCUGAUUUUAAACUGUUUCGUGUUGCGGAGCGGCGGAUGUGUCAAUCAGUACACAGCACGAAUCAUGGCUGAAGCCCUCAGACUCGGCCUAGAAACAGCGAAUAUGAGACGUCUAAGGACACUUCUCAAGCGACGUAUGGAACACCUGCAUGAAGCAUUAAAAAAAUUUUUACCUGAAAAUUGUGAAGUGUAUACGUAUUCAAAGGGAGGUUAUUUUGUCUGGGUUAUGCUGCCUGAGAAUUUAGAUGCUGAGGUUCUGAGGACCAAUGUGUUGAAUGGAUCUGAUGUGGAUUUCCUGGAAGGAAUAAGGUGUUCUUCAGAUGAAAAGUGUCGCAACGCUUUCCGCCUGUCCAUCAGCGUUUGCCAAGAAGAUCAGAUCUGGCCAGGCGUCCAGCGUUUAUGUGAAGCAAUAAAGAACAUGACUAAAUAAAUCUUCUUCAGAGAGAACUAAUUUGUCUCAGAAAUGUUUUUUACAUACCUGUCAUAGUAUUGGUAUUUCUCUGAGAAGUCCAGAAAGUUCACAAUUGUGUUACCAUGCAGUUAGUAUGGCGACUGAAUAUUAAUCAAAUACUAAGGAUAAUGGUUUCUUGCUUUAUACCCUAUACGCCAGGGGUUGAUUCCACAAAGCUGUGUGACUUCAUCAAAAUUUGAAAUACGGUUUUACAGGUUAAUAUUGUGCCCUUAGAAAUUAAAUUAAUUUUAUUUUCAGACAAACAACAAAAUUUCAUACUCAAAAUUUCAAAAAAAAACAACUAAGCACUGUGAAAAGGUUUUACAUUUUGACUUAAGGAUUGGCCACAUGGUACUUGUUGGCUCAUUUGGCUGCAGCCGUGC